CCCGCCUCGCCUCAGGGGGACUACCGCUCCCGGCAUGCCGCGCGGCCGCCCGCUCCUCUCUCCUCUCCGGAGGAAGAGCGCAAAGGGAGGCUCCCGGCAUGCAUUGCGCGGGGAAGGGAGCCGCUCUCGCUCGCGGGACUGCGGCUCCCGGCAUGCUUCGUGCUUAGCUCCGCAGGCAGGGCUGAUGGGAGUUGCAGUCCUAAAGACUCAGAUUUAAGAAGCGGGCCGUAGGUCGCCUCAGGCGGCCAUUUCCCAGGAUCCCUUGCGUGAGCUCCCCGUGCUUUCCGGUGUUCCUGGCGCGGCUCCUAAAGUCAUCUUUUCCGCGGCGCCCCGGCUUCGCCCGCCCGCUUUCCUCGGACGCGACAGGCCCCUCGGCGCUCCUCUGUCUCUAACCUUUCCGGAGCCGUCCUAGAGGACUCGGACUGCAUUUCCCAGCGGGCCCCGCGCCUGGACAGGAAGUGGCCCGGGGCUCCGCCCCCUCCCGCAGGUAGCCCCUCCUCGCUGCCGCGGGGGCUUCCUCUGCGUCCGCCACUGGGUUCGCCAUGGCGCCCACCAUCCAGACCCAGGCGCAGCGGGAGGAGCCUGGCCACAGGGCCAACUCUCACCGGACGCUCCCCGAGAGAUCAGGGGUGGUGUGCCGAGUAAAGUAUUGCAACAGUUUACCUGACAUCCCCUUUGACCCCAAAUUCAUCACAUACCCAUUUGACCAGAACAGGUUUGUACAGUACAAAGCCACCUCUCUGGAGAAGCAGCACAAACAUGACCUACUGACAGAGCCUGACCUGGGGGUCACCAUCGAUCUGAUCAACCCUGAUACCUAUCGUAUUGAUCCCAAUGUUCUUCUGGAUCCAGCCGAUGAGAAGUUGCUGGAGGAGGAGAUCCAGGCACAAACCAGUUCCAAGAGAUCCCAGCAGCAUGCCAAAGUGGUGCCAUGGAUGAGGAAGACGGAAUACAUCUCCACCGAGUUCAAUCGCUAUGGCGUCUCCAAUGAGAAGCCUGAAGUCAAGAUCGGUGUGUCUGUCAAGCAGCAGUUCACAGAAGAGGAGAUCUACAAGGACAGAGACAGCCAGAUCGCAGCCAUUGAGAAAACUUUUGAAGAUGCUCAGAAAUCGAUUUCUCAGCACUACAGCAAGCCUCGGGUCACUCCAGUGGAAGUCAUGCCCGUCUUCCCAGACUUCAAGAUGUGGAUCAACCCCUGCGCCCAGGUCAUCUUUGACUCUGACCCAGCGCCCAAGGACACCAGUGGAGCGGCCGCCCUUGAAAUGAUGUCUCAGGCCAUGAUCAGGGGCAUGAUGGACGAGGAGGGGAACCAGUUUGUGGCCUACUUCCUUCCUGCGGAGGAUACGAUGCGGAAGCGCAAACGGGACCAAGAGGAGGAGAUGGACUAUGCUCCAGAGGAUGUGUAUGAGUAUAAAAUUGCCCGGGAGUAUAACUGGAACGUUAAGAACAAGGCCAGCAAAGGCUACGAGGAAAACUACUUCUUCAUUUUCCGCGAGGGCGACGGUGUCUAUUACAAUGAACUGGAGACCAGAGUGCGUCUGAGCAAACGGCGAGCCAAGGCUGGCGUACAGUCGGGUACCAACGCGGUGCUGGUGGUAAAGCACAGGGACAUGAAUGAGAAGGAACUCGAGGCACAGGAGGCUCGCAAAGCCCAACUGGAGAACCACGAGCCGGAGGAGGAGGAAGAGGAGGAGAUGGACGUGGGCAAAGAGGCCCAAGGAUCAGACGAAGAGCCGGAAAAAGGCAGCGAAAGCGAGAAGGAGGCCAGCGAAGGGGAGGAAGAGGAGGAAGAAGGCCGCUCGGCCAGUGAGAGCGAGCCAGAAGCCAGCGAAGGAGAAGGUGCCGGCGCCGAGGAGAGUGAGGAAGAUGAGCGGGCGGCCCGAGACAAGGAAGAGAUCUUCGGCAGCGAUGACGACGAGGACUCUGAGCAGGAGGGCGGGCGGCCCGAAGGGGAGGAGGAAGAAGAGGAGGAGGAAGAGGAGAGUGGCAGUGAGGAAGAGGAGGAGGAGGAGGAGGAGGCGGCAGGGGGCCGGCGCCCACAGCAGCGCCAUGGCAGCCGCAGCCCCUUCCUCAGCGGCAGUGACCGCUCAAACCAUGAGGAGGAGGAGGAGGAGGAAGAAGGCGAGGUCAGCGCUAGCGAAGCCCCUUCGGAGUCCAGCGAGGAGGGGAGUGACAGCGACUGAGCCUGGAGGGGUGGAGUCCUGGCUGUCCUGUGGGACCAUCCCCCUCGCCUGGGGGAAGGCGCGCUGGGGAGGUCUCCCCCCAUGGCAAGCAAGGCUGGCAACCCCUUUGCCUCGAGAAGAGGAAGGGACUAUGGGAAGCAGCUUGCCCACACAGCAGCCCAAGAGUGGGGGAUGAAACCCCCCCCCAAUGCCCUGUUCAGCCUCCUCCAGGGCUGGCACUGGACCAUUUCUUUGUGUACAAAGACUGGCAUUGCGUGUGUGUGUGUGUGUUUUAGGUGAUCCAUUAUUUGCUCCUUAUGUGUUCCCUGCUUGUACCUAAAGGCACUGGUUUUGCUGCCCAGACCCUUUGCAAUAAAUUUCCCCCGUCCUUUUCUCUCA